GAACCCCGACAACGGAAGCGCUGAACCUUGGGAAACAAAGAAGCCACCUCUCCGCCCAAGGCCAUUCCAUCUCCUCAUCCAUUCCGCCCGGCUGCGGCCACAUCAGCCCGCACAACGCUCCCUACCACCGCACUCGAUCAAAACACGUAGCAUCCCACUUAUUCUCGACACCCAGGGAGAGUGAGCAUUGACAGCCGCCACGAGAACCACGCCAUUGUAGCUGGAUACUUCAGGACUCACAGGAAACCGCCUACACCAGUCACGCGCCAUCAUGGCGACCUUUUUAGAGAAUUCGUACAGUCUGGUGCACCAGGACAAUGCAGCCGAUGUUCCCGCCCAGAAUGAGCUCAAGACUGCCCUCGAGAAGGGUAGCGAUGAGCAGAAGAUCGAGACCAUGAAGAAGAUCCUGUCCAUCAUGCUCAAUGGCGAUCCUCAGACAGGGCUCCUCAUGCACAUUAUCCGAUUCGUCAUGCCCAGCAAGUCAAAGCCGCUAAAGAAGCUCAUGUACUUCUUCUUCGAGGUGUGCCCAAAACACGACGCCCAGGGCAAGCUACGUCAGGAGUGGAUAUUGGUCUGCAAUGCGAUUCGAUUCGACUUGCAGGCUCCCAACGAAUACGUGCGAGGAAACACAUUGCGCUUUGUAACUAAGCUUCGGGAUGCAGAGCUUGUAGAACCAUUACUACAACCGGUGCGCCAGUGCCUCACACACCGACACGCAUACGUCCGAAAGAAUGCAACCUUUGCAAUUGCAUCCAUCUUUACACACCUUCCCGAGCUCAUGCCAGAUGCGCCCGAUCUCCUCGUAACAUUCUUGGACGACGAAAACGAUCCAACAUGCAAACGCAACGCAUUCGCCGCCCUCACCUCCGUCAGCCAUGACAAGGCCCUCGAAUAUUUAAGCACAGUAUUUGAUGCCAUACCUAACCACGAGGAGCUUCUGUUGCUCGCAGAGUUGGAGUUUAUUCGCAAAGAUGCUAUCGUCAACCCUUCAAAUAAGGCACGCUAUCUCCGACUGAUAUUCGACCUUCUUGAGUCGCAGGUAUCAACCGUUAUCUACGAGGCCGCACAUGCGCUCACCACGCUCACGAGCAACCCGGUCGCGGUCAAGGCGGCCGCUGGAAAAUUUGUCGACUUGGCCAUCAAGGAACCGGAUAACAAUGUCAAAUUGAUAGUGUUGGAGCGGGUUGAUCAGCUACGGCAUAAGAAUGAAGGUGUCCUUGAUGAUUUGACCAUGGAGAUUCUUCGUGUCUUGUCCAGUACCGACCUGGAUGUUCGCAAAAAGUCACUCAGUAUCGCCAUGGAGAUGAUCUCGAGCAGAAAUGUCGAAGAGGUUGUCCUCCUGCUCAAGAAGGAGCUGAUGAAGACGGUAGAUGAACAGUACGAGAAGAACUCUGAGUACCGGUCAUUGCUUAUCUCUUCGAUACACUCGGCUGCCAUCAAGUUCCCAGAGGUCGCCGCAAGUGUUGUCGGAUCGCUCAUGGACUUUAUCUCGGAUGUCAGCAGCAACGCCUCUGCGGUAGACGUCAUUUCAUUCGUAAAGGAGGUUGUGGAGCGCUUCCCCGACCUCAGAGUCUCCAUCAUUGAGCGACUAGUAUCGACGCUUGGCGAAGUACGCGCUGGCAAAGUCUACAGAGGUGUGCUCUGGAUUAUUGGAGAGUUUUCUCUGGAAGCCAAGGACAUUAGGGACGCCUGGAAGGGCAUCCGAUCAUCACUUGGCGAGAUUCCGAUCCUUGCCUCUGAGCAAAGGUUACUUGAUGAGGCUUCGGAAGGCAAAGACUCAUCUGACCAAGUCAACGGGCACGCAAAGGCAGCUGCUCCGACCGGAUCGCGAAAGGUGCUUGCUGAUGGAACGUACGCAACCGAAAGCGCUCUUACAUCAUCGGCUGCCGCGAAGGCAAAACUUGAAGCAGUCAAGAACUCGCAGAAGCCUCCGCUCCGACAGCUCCUCCUCGAUGGCGACUACUACCUUGCUACGGUUCUGUCGAGUACCCUCACUAAGUUGGUGAUGCGGCAUGGGGAGAUCUCGACGGAUGCGGCACGCACAAACGCCCUUCGUGCAGAGGCCAUGCUGAUUAUGAUUUCCAUUAUCCGUGUAGGUCAAUCACAGUUUGUAAAGACGCUGAUUGACGAAGACUCUGUCGAUCGUAUCAUGUCAUGCGUGCGCUCGCUAUCAGAGUUUGCUCAAAGAAAGGAAAUUCAAACAGUGUUCCUCGAGGACACACGGAAAUCCUUCCGAACAAUGGUGCAAACGGAAGAAAAGAAGCGAGCGGCCAAGGAGGCUUCAGAGAGAGCCAAGUCAGCUGUCAACGUUGAUGACGCCUUCAACAUCCGCCAGCUGAAGAAGAAGGACUCGGACGGCAUCGAUGAAAUCGACCAAGACUUGGAGAGAGCUACCGGAGGUGAUAGCGCGACUGAGGAUCUCACAUCAAAACUCAGCCGUGUUGUACAGCUCACGGGUUUCUCCGAUGCGGUUUACGCAGAGGCUUACGUCAAGGUCCAUCAAUUUGACAUUGUACUCGACGUGCUUCUUGUAAACCAGACGACCGAGACAUUGCAGAAUCUUACAAUUGAAUUUGCGACACUGGGCGAUCUCAAGGUAGUCGAACGGCCCUCGACGCAAAAUGUCGGCCCUCAUGACUUUAUCAACAUUCAAGCGACGAUCAAGGUUUCGUCGACGGACACUGGCGUCAUUUUUGGAAACAUCAUCUACGAAGGUGAAAAGGGUGUCGACUCGAAUGUCGUGAUUCUCAACGACGUGCACGUGGACAUUAUGGACUACAUCAAGCCAGCACAAUGCACCGAAACGCAGUUCCGCACCAUGUGGACCGAGUUUGAAUGGGAGAACAAGGUCAACAUCAACUCCAAGGCCAAGAGUCUGCGCGAGUUCUUGAGCCAGCUCAUGGCAAGCACCAACAUGAGCUGUCUAACGCCCGAGGCAUCGAUGAAGGGCGACUGCCAGUUCCUGUCGGCAAACCUGUACGCAAGAAGCGUUUUUGGUGAGGAUGCUUUGGCCAACCUGAGCAUAGAAAAGGAAGGAGACAAUGGGCCCAUUACCGGCUUCGUGCGCAUACGCAGUCGCUCGCAAGGCCUGGCACUAAGCCUGGGAUCACUGAAAGGCCUCAACAAGGUUGGCGUAGCAUGAGCGAGUGUAUACAUAUGAAAGGCGAGCAGAAAAGGUAUAGGGCUUACUCGACGGUUGGGCUAGCAUGGCUCGAAAAUGGGCUACGUGAUGAGAGACUAAGGUUAAUAUGGCUUUGGUAGCGAGAAGACGAGAAUAAAUCAGUUCACCAUUUA